UACUUACAUUCUAGUGUGGGGAUGUUACGAGUUUACUGUUAAGUAUCAGUUAACGUUAAACUGAUGUAAAUUGGAUAUGGCGGAUGGAAAUUAUGACCCGUGUAUUUGUAGCACAGAGUGGGCAAUGCAAAGGCUCCUAAGCAUAUUAAGAACUUCACAACAACAAUGUAAUGACAAUGAAUGUCUACAAGCACCUGGCACCGAAACAAACCCUGCUCAAGACUGGAAUAUGUUUUUCGUUGGGUUUCUAUGGUUAAUGGUAGUAGCGUUGCUUUUUGCCACAAGACCAUCAACUUUAAGAGGUCAACCACAGAACAAACCGAACAAUGAUUCUAACGGCAACCCUCCCCCACCCGAUGUCCCACCAGUGCAAUAAUACCAACCACACAAAUAUGCCAUGUAUGAUAAUAUAUAGCCCAUAUCUAUAAGUUUGUACAUAAAUAGUGUCUUAUAUUUCAUAGGUCUUCCUUUUUCGUUUAAUUGUUCUUUAACAUUCCCACAAAACACUAUUAACCUUUUUUACAUAAACGUUAUUAACCUUUUUUACUUCAAUAAUUUUUCCGAAUAACCAGUGCGGACGAACCAAUUAACAAAUGCACUUCUGUUUUUUAUUUGCAGCAUUUAUUUUUAAGUUAGAAGUCUUCUAUUAAAAUUACAAAAACCUAUAGUUUUUCUCAUAAACCUACUUGUAAAACAAGCCUUUAAAAAUCUGAAGUACAAUUUACCAAUUUAGUUGUCGUACCCUUUUCUUCCAUUACUUGUUAAUACCUUGCUUUUUAGAGGAGAUAUUUUAAGAUGUGGUGCCUUGCAUGCGUAAGUGGUGUAAGAUUGUGUGCCUUCAUUAGUAACGAUCUGAAUACAGAAUAUAACAUACUUAACUCUUAACAGAACAUAAAACUACUUUCAGUUAAUUUUUGUUGGUGAUCACAAUUUUAACGCCAUAGGUUUAUUAUGUGCAGAACAACAAAGUGUAAAUAAAUAUAUUAAAAAAGCAUAAAA